AGGAGCCGGGGCGGAGCCUGGCGUCCCCUCCCGCGUCCGGCCGCGCCCGUCGUCCCGGCUGCGGGGAGACUCCCGGUCGCUGCGGCCGCGGCCAGCUGUCCUUGCGGCGCGCCGGGCGCGGGGACUCGGCCGCACUGCGCUCGGCCCGGGACGCGGCCGCAGCCUCCGCCCGGCGCGGAGGCGCAGAGGCCGCGCGUGCGCAGCGCGCGAGGGGCGCGGGCCGGGACCCCCGGGUUGGCGCGUGCGCGGACGGGCGCGGGGCAGCGGGCGAGCGCCCGGCGACUGGCCGGGAUGACCCUCGGGGUGCGGCGGCCCCACUGAGGCGGCGGCCCGGGGGCGAGAGAAGCGCGGAGCGCCCGCGCCGGGCCGGGCCAUGGCGUUCCUGGCCGGGCCGCGCCUGCUGGACUGGGCCAGCUCGCCGCCGCACCUGCAGUUCAACAAGUUCGUGCUGACCGGCUACCGGCCGGCCAGCAGCGGCUCGGGCUGUCUGCGCAGCCUCUUCUACCUGCACAAUGAACUGGGCAACAUCUACACUCACGGGCUGGCUCUGCUAGGAUUCCUGGUGCUGCUGCCCAUGACCAUGCCCUGGGGUCAGCUGGGCAAGGACGGCUGGCUGGGUGGCACACACUGCGUGGCCUGCCUGGCACCCCCUGCGGGCUCUGUGCUCUAUCACCUCUUCAUGUGCCACCAAGGGGGCAGCCCGGUGUACGCCCGGCUCCUGGCGCUGGACAUGUGCGGGGUCUGCCUCGUCAACACCCUCGGGGCGCUGCCCAUCAUCCACUGCACGCUGGCCUGCAGGCCCUGGCUGCGCCCCGCGGCCCUGCUGGGCUACAGCAUCCUGUCCGGCGUGGCCGGCUGGCGGGCCCUCACCGCCCCGUCCACCAGUGCCCGGCUGCGGGCCUUCGGCUGGCAGGCUGGUGCCCGCCUGCUGGUGUUCGGGGCCCGGGGAGUGGGGCUGGGCUCGGGGGCCCCCGGCUCCCUGCCCUGCUACCUGCGCAUGGACGCCCUGGCCCUCCUCGGGGGGCUGGUGAACGUCGCCCGCCUGCCCGAGCGCUGGGGGCCCGGCCGCUUCGACUACUGGGGCAACUCGCACCAGAUCAUGCACCUGCUCAGCGUGGGCUCCAUCCUGCAGCUGCACGCGGGCGUCGUGCCCGACCUGCUCUGGGCCGCCCGCCACGCCUGCCCUCCCGACUGAGACGCCCGGGCCAGCCCCCUUGGCACGCCAGCCCGCUCUCCUCCUGCGGCUGGUCUGCAGGGGCGGGCCCCCAGGAAGCUCCCCGACUCGAGCGCCAGCCUCCCUGCCCUGCCUUCCUCCACGGCCUGCCUGGAAGAAAGCCUUUUCCCCCCUGGCCUCAGUUUACCCUCUCCGACGGGAGCGCUGAGCCAAAGGGAGGGACUCGGGGAUCCACAGCCCUGUCUCCUCCCUGCCCUUGCCCUCCCGGCCCCACACGGAACACCAGCGCCUGGGCCCCGCCAUCCGCCUGCAUGCCAGCCCUCUCCCUGCCGCCAGACUCAGAGCGGGACCUGCCCCUUGUGCCAGGGUCAGGAAGGGGGCAGCUGCUUUCUCCAGGCAGAGAUGAAGAGCAGAGGGCCCUGGACACAGACCCGCCAGGCCCAGAGCCUCCACCUUGAGUGCCACGCUGACCGCGCACCCUGCCUGCCAGGCCGCCCGCUCAGGAAACCGCCCGCACCGUGGCUCCCGGCUCCCGGCGGGACCAGGCCCCGUGCGGGAAAUAAAAGGCAGGAAGCGCCGUGCCGCCAAGCAAACA